UCUAUCGUUUUUAAUUUCUGCGUCGCUUUGUUUCGUUUGCUUUGCAUUUUCUGCACGGUGUCAUGUCAGUUCGUCGGUCCGGGUUGGUGCUCCUGUGCGCGGUGUUGGCGGUGACUCGUGCCCGCAGGAGUUCACCGGAGCAGGAGGAUGUUCAGGAGAAAAUCAACAGCGCCAGAUGCACGUCAAGGUGCCUCACUCUGCACAUGACUCAGCUAACUGCUGCCUUCAGACACCUCCAGAGUGACCAAGUUCUGGUUUGGUGUGAAAACCACAGACGCUGUGCUCAGUGCCUACAGCCAUGCAAAGAACUGUGGGAAACCAGGAAGGUUCUUUCUCCAAAGUCCUGUGAGAAGCAGACAGAGUGUGUGACGAGCAGGGAGUUUCUGACCUCUCUGAGGUCGUCUCGUCAGGGGGACUGCCCUCCGCCUCAGCGAGCCACCGGAUUCGCCGCAGCUUGCGUGGAGAGCUGCUCAUCAGACCAGCAUUGUCCCUCCCCCAGGAAAUGCUGCCCUAAUGGCUGCGGACACACUUGCCAAGCCCCAGCCAAUCUAUAUAAAGGUGUUCCUCUUAAGCCUCGCAGAGAGAUGAGCUUCGUGGAGGAUUCAGAGGGUCACAUGAAGGUGGUGUGGGUGUCAAAGUUCAAUGUCAGUGUGGAGCCGGUCGUCUACAUGCUCCAGUCCCGCUGGAACGUUGGGAUUCAUCCCAGUGAAGACCAUGCCUCUCAAUGGACCACUGUUGCCAUGACACUUUCUGAAGAUGUGCUUCUGUCAGAUUUGAGACCCCAGCGCUGGUACCAGUUCAGAGUAGCAGCCAUCAACAGCCAAGGCAGCAGAGGCUUCAACACACCCAGCAAGCACUACAUCUCCAGUAAAGACCCCUCAACUCCAGACCCUCCAAUAAAUGUCAGAGUGAGCAACCAGACUGUCGACUGGAAUGGCGUACAACCAGGCACCCAGCUUGCAGAAAGGUUGAGGGGAAGUGGGGUCACAGUGGCUGUCUUAUUAAGCUGGGAGCCCCCCAGAGAGGGAGACCUGCCAGUGCACAACUACAGAGUGACUUGGAUGUCUCGACAUGCACACACAGCGCACAAAAACACACACACACUGCGUGCACACACGCAAACGGUGCACAAUAAUAUGCACACACAUCCUGUACACUCACACACACUAGAGCAGGGAAGAAAGGAGAGCAGCAGAGUGACUCAAGGGGCACAGUGUGAGCUGUGGCUGCAGGGUCUGCUGCCUGCUACUUCCUACUUCCUGUCUGUCCAGACCGUGGCCUACUGGGGUCAGAAGAGGCUGAAAAGUCCCAGAGCCCAAAUUGUUUUCACCACAAAAACUUAUGCAGGCGAAGACUUCUCCAAUGAGCUACCCUCCUCAUCAUCAUCCUCAUCAUCUCUUCCUUCCUCUCCUUCCCUCUCAUCAUCCUCUCCUUCCUCCUCUGACCUCCCUGUCUCUUCCUCUCUGCCUCACCCUGAGUCCCCUCUUAACCCUGCCCCUGGGAACCUGCGCCUAGAAGUCGCUGCCCCUCAUUACCAUGACGACCAGCUGCAGGUCAAGGUGUUCUGGAAGUGGCCUCAUCAUGGCAGGCAGAGACACCCUGGUCCAUACAUCUUGCGGUGGCGUCCACAUACCUGCAGUACUAAUGUUACAGGCACAGAGAGAACAACAACUGUGCAGGGCACCCAUCACACCAUCACAGGCCUGCUGUUCGCCUGUAAGUACCAGGUCAGCGUGGCAAUGAAGGCUGACCCAGGGUCAGAGGCUGUUGCCUGGGUUACGACCCCAACUUGCUCCUCCAUCAGAGUCAGAGGAGGCAGAGCUUUGCCCUGCAAUGCUGAGGAGCGCCUCCUGUCAGGCAGAAAGGUGGUACUGCGUCCAGAACGACUGACCGCAGACUUUAAACAAGUCAAUGGCACCCUGCUCACGACGCUCCGCUGGAGGAUGUCCCAGCAUGCACUGGAUCCGGCAGCUGUGGAGGGUUUCCAGUUCACCUGGACGCUGCAAUCAGGGGUUACAUCAGCAACAGAAGGGCAGGAAGACACACUCAUCUCACAGACACAGACAAUCGCACCGUGGCAGCGCUCUGUGUCAGUUCAAGGUCUUCAGGCUGACAGUGUUUACCAGCUGCAGCUCCAGGUGCUAACAGCAGGGGGCAGCAAUGGCGCCGCAGUCUCCAAGACCAUACAUACUCCAGCCAUCAACACUACACUUUGAUAGGUCCAAACCCCUCUGCUGUCACCGUCUGCUGCAUCACGGUCGUCUUCACCCACAUCCACCUCUCCACUGUCUAUCACAGUGCAACAUGUUUUCAUUGCAGUUUAAGUGUAGAAGACAUGACCACAGUUAUAAAAUAAAGAAAGUUCCCCUGUUGAAGUUGAUCGCUCUCUCAUAUGAACGGUAUUUCCUGCUCCGACUUUUUUCCACCACUGUUAUCCAUUUUCUUCAGAACGGUUGUGAACUCAUUCUAAUGGAAAAAAAUAUAUUAAUCAAUCGUUAAUCUGUCAGUUGAUCCAAAGGUUAUGGCAAGAGUCAAUAUUGUUUUGUAUGCUGUAAAUUUAAAAAACAUAAGUGUAUGUUGCCAGUUUAAAAAGCACCAAGUACUUACAGUUAGUCAAAUGCAUAUCUUUAAGCCAUUUUUUUCUAUUUUUUAAUCAGAACUGCAUAAUUUUCCAAAUGAUUCCUCUUGGUAUUAUUGCCACAGCACUGCAGCACCGCAGGACAUGUAUGUGAAAAGUGAGACUUCUUGCAUGGCUGCUUUUGUACAUGUUUAGUGUUUAGAUGGGACUAAUCAGGUAAUUUCUAAUCAUCUGAUGUCAUUGGAGCCAAGUGACACUUGUAAAGAGACUUAAAAAGCCCUUGUUGUUUUUGAUCAUGCAAGUAGAGAAUGAUAUAGCACUGACCUUCUGUACAAAUAGAAAUAUAUAGCGACAGACUGUGUUUAUUUCAAUGCAUUUUCUGCUGCAUUGUCUUUGAAGCCGCUGGGUCUGAAUUGGCGAGCCGAAGCCUUGAAUUAAGCUCAAAUAUAUUUUAAUAUUUUGUUCAUAUUUGUUUUUUUAAGCUAAUUUUCACUCAGAUAUGUCUGAAUUUGCUUGUUUGUUACAUUUUUUGGCCUUGUGCAGCAUAACUUUGCAUUAUGGUUCACUUAUUACAGAAAACAAUAAUAUGUGACAUUUUACACAGUUAAUAUAGCUAUACCUGUGGUAGAUAUUUUUGUUUUACAAAAGUCAUGACAUUUUUUUGAAAGUUCGGAAACUACUGGUGUCAAGAACCAGUAAUUAUCAUGUUAAUAUUCACCCCAUGUAACUUUUUUUUUUUUUUACAUCUCACUGUUGAUAAUUGUGUACUUAAUUCCUUUACUUUUUAGACCAUUGGUUUUAUUUAUUGUUUUCCAGUUUAGUUUUUUGUAAUUAAAGAUUAUCAAGAUAC